GCCGCCGCGCCCCGCUGGAGGGGCCGGUCAGGGCCGAGCGCGGCCAUCGCUCGCUCGGACCCUGCGCCGGCGGCAGCCCGGCUUGGGGAAGCGAGGGGCGAUGCCGGGCUUCGUCCGGCUGCCCUGUGGGGGCGGAACGCGGGAGGCUGAGGGUUGGCACCGGCCCUGGGCGGCACCCACCGCCACUGGGGUUGCUUGUGCGUAAACCCAGCCGCGUUAGGGGGGGUGAAGGCAGAUGGAGACUCGCACCGCGGCGGGUGUUGGACUCGCUGAUCUUUGUGUGAUGCUGGGUUGUUGUCGGCCUGUCACACAUGAAAUUACACCGCAAGCCUGUGUGUAGCCCAGCAGCACAGACAUCACAGGGAAAAAAGCACUUGUGACCCUCGGCAACUCUGUUCAUGAAUAAAAUGUCAUUGCAAAGCCUGGACGUGCAGAGCUGCUUCGCCAGGCAGCGAGAUUAGCAAUAUGGGAAUCCAGUGGAACAGUUGCCAAUCUGCUUUGGUCAUGGCUGCCAUAAUAAAAAGGAUUCUAAUAUGCCUUUUACCUCCUCUAGUGAUAGUGCAAGGCGUAAUCAGUCCAUACUUGUGACUGACUGGAAGAUCCUCUGAAGGAUUGAGUGAGAAGUAUUAAUAUACAAAAUGUUUUAAUAGAACAUAACUAUAUUAAUAUUGAAAUUUGCAAAUGCAAUGGAAGACGGCAAGACUGAAGAGGUGCUAGAUAUUCUUCGACUUAAUGUGGGAGGUUGUGUGUACACAGCCAGACGCAAGUCUUUAUGCCGCUUUAAGGAUUCAAUGCUAGCAUCUAUGUUCAGUGGACGUUUUCCUCUAAAAAUAGACGAGUCUGGGGCUUGCCUUAUUGAUCGAGAUGGAAACCUCUUUGAGUACCUUUUAGAUUAUCUUCAUGGAGAAGUUCGGAUUCCUAAAGAUGAACAAACGCGAAUUGCAUUGCAGGAAGAGGCAGAUUACUUUGGCAUCCCUUAUCCUUACAGUCUGUCUGACCACUUAGCCAAUGAAAUUGAGACAUAUUCUUUAAGGUCAAAUAUAGAACUUAAAAAGGCUUUGAUAGACUUCUGUGAUUCUUACGGUUUAGCCUGCACCAAGCCUACCGUUUGGGUUCUGCACUAUCUCAACACAUCUGGAGCAAGCUGUGAGAGUAGGAUUAUAGGUGUGUUUGCCACAAAAGCUGAUGGGACUGACGUACUUGACAAGGAACUGGGAGGAAGAAUAAAUAAUAAAAAUAUGUACAAAAGAGAGGCUGGAAGUAAUGUCCAAUACAUCUGGAGUUAUUAUUCAGUGAGCGAACUGAAAAAGAUGAUGGAUGCUUUUGAUGUCUGGGAAGGAAAAGGAACUUCAGGUUUCAGCUAUUGGAGAAUGCCCCAGCUGAUAGAAUGUUGGACUCUUGAAGAACGCCCUUUGAGAGGAAGUCUCCAUCAUAUGUCUCCAGUUCGUAAAAGACGAUUAAUAGACUUUACUGAAGAGGAGGAAGAUGGUCAAAACUUUAAAGCUGGUCCUAAACCAAUUAGAUUUUCUGGUCCUUCAACAAGUACCCACAUCAAAGUCAAGAACUCUGCUUCAUUAAAGGUAGCUGCCUGUAACACUUCUUCACAUUCUGUGGUAACUCUUAAACGACCCAGCAGUGAUAGUUUGGUACAGCGCAAAGUAGUGCCAAAAACUGAACUUGCAACGUGCCCAUCAUUGCCUACAAGUUCUCAGGCAUCUUAUGGAACUGAAGGUGCUGAAAAUGGGGCAGCAUAUCAAACUACAUUCAACAUCUCACUGUCUAAGAAACCCAUGACCACUCGUGUGGUAAAACUGAAGCGGACUCCAUUGUGUAUUGUGUCACCAUCUCAGUCAUCUUCCUCACUGAGUAAAACAGAUGAACAGGAAGUUCCUGCUGUUGAAAUUCCUACUACUUCUACAUCACUAAGAGAGAGAGAAUCCAGUAUAUCAACAGUGAAUAGUAAGAUCAAGAAUAAUGUGGAGAAUGACAAACUGGAUGAUAAUGUUUAACUCUUUAGCAGAGAUUUCCUGGCAUAAUCUGCUAAACGAAGAGUUUCUGACCUGGUGUCAAGGGACACAUCCUGGAUUAUAAUUUAUUACUAGAGCUGGUAAGAAAUUGUGGAGAAAAAUAGUAAAAAGUACAUGGGCAAAAGGUUUUGAAAUUUAUAGUAAGUUAUGAGUUUUCUUGCUUUACUUAUAAUUUUUUGGGGGAUGGGGCAGGAUGUGUGGAUUUUGAAAAACAUUUUUUGCGAUACAUGGUGACCAUCUCUCAGAUAUUUACUUAAAUCAAGUUGCCAUGAUGUUACUAUCUUUAAAAAUAGAAUAUGCACGCAUACAAGCAAACCAAACCUAGCUAAUUUCAUUAUUGAUAAAGGUCAGGAUUUUAAAAAAAUUUGAGACCAAGUUUAGGUUCCUAAAUUUAUAUUUUCAAAUUGGAAAAAAUAGGCCACAUUAAUUAAUAAUGGGGGAGAUCCAGUCUUAGAGCCCGACUCAGUCUUCUACUCUCCAGGUAUGUAAAAUACUGGACAUUGCAAAGGUAUCUGACUUAGCAAGAGUAAGGAACAGGGUUGCUGGCUUCAAAGUGCUUUUUGGGAAGAAUAUAGGAAAAGCAAUUUAACAGCAAUGAAAGGAGCCAUCCUCCCACCUGCCACAGAGGAGGGACUAGGAGUGUAAGGGGAAAGAGCCUAUCAUGGAAGCAACAGGGCAGGAUCUUUUCAUAGAAUUGAGACAUACAUGUAUUACAUUGCGAAGGGGGAGUGUUCUCCAGUGGGGCAUUGAAUGGGCGAGCUAGGAAUUCCUUAGGAAUUGGAUACAGCCUGGCAUUGAACCGUUAUGGUCCAUCCUGUCCUACAAUUGCAGAAAGGCUCUUAUGCCAGAGUCGACGCACAGCUGUGAUUGCUUUGUUCUCCCCCCGCUCCCUUCAUAUAUGCGGGACUCUGACAUAUGAGCAGGGACAAGCUCAGCCUCUUUCAAGCCCAGACAACAAAACAGCAGAGUUUGAAAAAUGAGUAAACAACAAAAAUAUGGGCUGAAUACUGCUUUCAGUUGCACCAGUGUACAUUUGCAGGAACACCAAUGAAAUCAAUGGGUACUGCAGAUCUACACCUGUGUAGCAAAGCAGAAUUUGCACCAAUGUCUUGAAGAAGUGCCUUGAUUCUUCGUGGGUGUUUAGACCAGCAUUGCUUAAUGAGAUUUAUAUAGUGCAUAUCUUUGCUGGUCUUGCUCGACUAAAAAGAGUUUUAACAUUGCCAACCCCAACUGUUCAAAAAUCACAUGAUGGACUUAAAUCAUGAGACUUUUCAAGCUUUACUCUGAAACCAUGAGGGCUAGAAACUUAGCUUUUAUUAAUUUUUUUUAAAAGUGAGAUUCUCAUGUAAUAACAUGCCUCCCGUAGCUGAGGUGCUAAGAAAAACACCAAAUAUCAUGGAAGUUGGCAAAACUGCAGUUUUCUGGCCAUCAACUUACAUUUUGAUGGCCAGCUUGCAUCUUUAAUGGCCCAAGAUAGAAACUUCGAUUUUUUUAAAAUGAAAGUUUGAUUAUGUAGAAAAGAACAAACAUUAUGGAAAAAUGCUAACGUUGUGUAGUACCUUGUGUCCAUAGGCCUAGAGUCUGAAAUAUUUUUAGAAGAGAGUUUGAAUGAAAAACCAAUUUUUUCAUACAUAUUCAAUUUUGUUUACUCCUUACUUCAUUGUUUUAUAAUGGUGCUGUUUGUAAUGUACUUUUUAUCUUUCUAAAAUAAGUUUCUUAAGACUGAAUAUUUCCUUCCUACCUGGUCUUCAGUGUUUGAUGAUUUUAAAAGAUUUAAAAACACACACUUUCAGAAAAAAUCUUGUGCAAUUUUCUGUGCUGGCAUCAAUUCACUAUUUAUUCUAGGUAAUCUUCCUUGGCAGUAAAGUAUUAUUAUUAUUAAAUACGCAUUACUGCCAAAUCCAUAACAUGACACUCAGUAGCCUGAACAGUCCAGCACAAGACCGAAAUAAAUGGCAGAAACUCCAUCUGAGGUUGCUGGAGGAGAAAUAAAUAAAUAAAUUCAUUACAAUAGCCUUUAGAGGCACUGGUGAGGUCCCCCAUUGUAUGUACUUGUAGUAAAGACAGGCCCCGCAUCAGAGUUUACAAUUUAAUUUUUUGACAAGAUUCAGCUGGUAGAUGAAACAGUCGAGCAGACUGCAGGUGGUGGGGAAAUAAAACAGGAUUUCUGUUUAAAGGGAUUGAUCAAAUUCCCUGUUGACAUAACUGGGAAGUUGGCUCAAGCCCAUCAUGAAUGGAGUGGGCACAAACAUGCUUUCUUGUAGUUGGAGACAUAAAUAUCUAUUCUGAUCCAUGUUUUAAAUCUGUAAAGCUAGAUAUUGCACCAUUUCACAUAACCAAUGUGUGUAUGAUUUUGUGCUUGGAUAGAAUUAUGUAUUAACUAGCUCCAACCUAUAACUAUCAAAAGAGAUUUUUAGGGAGGAGCAGCAAUUGCACUUAGCUCCUGCCUGUGAGCAUGCAGGUAACCUGAAACCAAAAGAAACUUGCCAGCUCAGUGAGUAGUUUUCAUGGCAUGGGACGCACUUGGUGUUUUGGAGAGGAGGGAACAUUGGGCAGAAUCUUUGCAAGUUAAAGGUUUUUGUGCAGAUUUUUUACAUUCCCAUGGUUCCCCCCUCCCCGUCCAAAAAUGCAGCAUGGGGCCUAAUGUCUUGAAAGUUUGCUACAUUAAAUUACACUUGUCUAUUUCAGCAAAGGAUGUCCUGUAUGGCAUUGUAUAUCUGCACUCAAACUCUUACACAGAUACAGGUAACAUGAAAGAUUUGGGGAAGUUGUAUUAAAGAUGAGACUUGGUUCUUCAUUUGGGAUUUUACAUGGUCUGUCAAAUAACCAGGGUACUUUGAAAAAUGUACCUAGGUAAAUCUAUAAAAGAAACUGAAUUCAGAAGAUAACGUCAGUCUAGCAAUCCAUUGUGCUGACUACUAGCGUCCAAUGGCCAUUAUCUCAUGUAUAAAAUGUAUUGCCUGUUUAGUUUGAUGGAUUAAACAUUGCUGUCAUUUUCUUGUCACUCCUUCAGCCUUCUGUAUAAGCAGAAUUUUGUGUUUUCAAACAACCCAAUGUUUGGCAGUGCAAGUGUUAAGUAUGCAGAAGAGUACCACUCCAAGUUAAUGCCUAGAAAAUCAUUCACGUGACUGAGCAUGGGGCAGGGAGACAGAAGCCUGUUAUCACCAACAGUAGGUGUGAUUCAUACAGCUGUAAUUCAAUAAACUGCUUCAAAAUAUGGAGAAUUUAUUUGUACUUAAUUGAAACAAAUCAGUGUUAUUUCAUAUGAUAGGCACAUGUUCAUUUUGAAUGUCUAGGAGAAGAGUACUGAUAGUGCUAAAAGGUUAUUCAGCUAAGAGUCACAGAAAUAUUACAGAGUUAGUAAUUGGUAUUGGGUUCAGCUAACUGUUAAAAUAGCUUAGGAAGUUCCUCUACAACAUGCAGUGCAAAUAGUCAUUUUUAUAAACAAAUAUGUUACUUGAAGGGAAACUGCCUGUCUUCUGAACCCAGCAUUAUUAUAGUUGUCAUCUCUUUUGCUCUGCUAAUGACAUCAGCUAUGCCUGGCCAUGUCUGCUUCUCCCACAAAUAUCGACAUGCUUUCUGCCACGCUCUCCCUUAUUCAUGUAAUGCCAAUCCUAAACUGAUCUGUAAGGCCAAUACUCUGUUCCAUUUCAAAACCUUCCUUAAUACCCACUAUUGCUGUAACCCCUACAAGAAAACAGACAAUAAUGGAUAAAUCGAGCAGCCAGCUGGCAUAGCUGAUUGUGCUAUAUAUACACUGCUAGGUUUUAGUUCCUUCUCUGCACUGAGAAGUCUUCCUCCUGGGAGAGACUGGGAUGCAGAGAUUGCAUACAACAGAUAUUUAAUAUCUUGUCUCUUGUCUUUGUAAUCACUGUAGUGGUCUCACUUUCCAACAUUUUGCCAGUGAAGAGAGGAAACUAGUUUUAAAUUAUUUCUGUUUAAGCACCUACCUGAUUAGUGCACUGUGGCUGCAGUUCAGCCAUGGCCGGGAAGAGAGAGAAUGAUGUUUCCCAGUGAAAGGAAAAUUUCAUCAUUUUUUUCCCCCCUUCUCUCUUCAAUUUAUGAAAGUCAAAGCUCUCACUUGAGAAACUGAGCAGGAAGGAGUAGGUGAUACGGCUCUGAAAGUCUGAGAGAGAGUGAGGCUUAUAGGCUCCAGCCAGCCUUGCUACAAGUAAUUAAAGGAGUCACAAGUGCAGUAAUAAUCAAUCAGUAGGCUGUGAGGCAAUAUGGGUGUUCUGCUAUAGCAAAGCCCUGCUGUAGCAUUCUAAGGUUCCCUUCAGGCAAAAGCUCAGAGGAGGGUAAGAUAGUAGCAUUACGGGUGAAAGGGAAGUCUCAGGAAAUGAAGUUUUAGAGCCUGGCUGCUUUGUGAGCUUCCUGGGAAAUGUUGUCGUUUGUUUUGCUUUAGUGAAUAAAUUUGGAUGGCUCAUGCAAGCUAGCUCCCCUUACUUGGAGUUACGAUUUUACAACUCUGCCCCGCUGGUGGCUCAGUGACAGUUCUGUAUGUCAGACAUUCUAAUUUGCAUUAAAGAUUUAGCCAUUUUCAUACAGGCUUCUUUAGCUGUUUUUCAGCUUAUUCCAGCUGCUGGUGCAGCAUUCACUAAUGU